GGUUUUCCCACACCUCGGUGGAAAGUGUCGCUAGCACCUCUCGCCUCCUGGCAACGGGCGCACGCGGGUCCUCCUCCCGGGGACAUCUCACUCCGGUAUCCGUUCGUCUCUGCCUCCGUCCCCGAAGGGCUGGCUAGCAAACCCCCGUCGCGUCUGGCAUUGGCAGACACCGAGCACGUUCUCCAUCGUCAUGGCGAUUUUUUCAGCGCAACAAAAGCGGAUUAUUCACGAUGUUUUCUGGGUGGUGUGAAACCCGCGGAGAAAUAUUGGUUUUUACUCCAUUAUACUCACUGGAGGACCGCCCGUGCUUGGUGAAAAUGAAGAAAGGGACACCAUGUAGCGAACAUGUUCUGCAUUCUUCGGCAGCAGCAAGCAGUGUGAAUGACUUGCGGCUGUAGGGUGUCGUGAGUGGGCCCACUUUUCACGCACAGCCUCCGUGGCUGACUGGGAGGAGUUGAAAGGGGAGCAGACGUCAGUGCCCAGGGGACCCGGAGGCUUGGUUCUCCAUAUGAGGCCCUGCUGUAAGGGCAGGGGGGCUUCUGAGUGUGCCUGAGGGCCGUGAAAGCCCCCUUGUGGGAGUUUCAUAAAUACACACGGCACGAAGACUCCUGGACUAUUGUUUUUUUUUUUUGUUUUUUGUUUUUUUUUUACACUCCUACACACCCACACACAUACAUACACUCACACACACACGCACACUCACACAUAGACAAGGACGUAGAGAGAAUGUUGGAAGUCCAAGAGGAGAGGCCAACGGCGGCAGGUACAGCAGCGACACAUUUCAGCAAGAAGGAAAGAGGGAAGAAAGAGCGAGAGGAGGCCAAGGACGGCCGAGGAAGCCUCUCCAGUAUUGGGAAUCCUGUUCCUGGCUCCAGGAACGUGCGCACAAAAGCGACGCUCACGCACACAGGCAGUCCUCACCAGCUCAUCACUCCACCCUGUUCUGUAGUCCUGGGAGCCCCAUCAAUGCACUCCAAUAGGUUGAAGAACUCUCCAUCCACCAACACACAGAGCCCUAAACCUAAGACGGAGGUCGUACGGUCGCCUCCCGUCAUGUCCCCCUCAACUGCCGCCCAGAUGGACUCUAAACUACCCAAUCAGGGUAAACCAGGGAGCACCGGCAGCCAAUCACAACCCUCACCUUGUGACCCCAAGACCAUGGGUGCCAAAGGGGCUCAGAGUGUGGCAGGGGGCAUGGGUUUGAAGAAUGGCCAGGGCCUGACCUCCGGUCCGAGCUCCAAGGUUAAAGGGAAAAGGGAGAGAAGCACCUCAGGGGAGUCGUACGAACAGCCAGAGAGUGGAACACCCACCAGUGAGGAAAAAGACAGCAGCAGAGUGAAGAGGAUGUGCGUGGCGGAGAGAAGGCAGCCCUACAGCGGAAAGGACUGGUGCUCUGGGGGAGAGAGUGAUGAAGACGACAAAGGAUUCUUCAAUUGUAACUCCAGUGACGUGAAGCCCCAGGACUCUGUCACCCAUUCUACCUCCAAUGCUGGACUCAGUCGCUCCUCCACGCCUUCCCACAAUGCCCUGGGGGGCCAGGGCUCCACGACAGAACCUGCUAGUGGUCAGAAGCCAGGCUCAAAAGUCGUUUAUGUCUUCACCACAGAGAUGGCCAACAAGGCAGCUGAUGCAGUUCUAACUGGCCAUACAGAAAAUAUCAUUGCCUUCCACAUGAAAAACAUCUCCAACAGCAAGGACAAAGCUCACCUCCUGAACAAUGCUGCAGGGGCCCUUCGAAAUGACUCCAAACCUCCCCAGCCUCCCCCUUCCCAUGUUCAAGAUCAGAGCCACCAGCCUGGAUCCAAACCGUCCUUACCCGGUAUGGCAGACUCAACCCCGCCCCAGUCCACAAAUCAAGGGAGCCAGUCUGGUGUUCUUCCACAGGAACGUCCCACAUCUGCAGGCUUAGAGUCCAAAAGUCUCCCUGGCAGUAGUCCCAGUAACAACACAGCACCAGUUGAACAGGCCCCCAUCACCCAACCUGAGGCAGGUCUCAAUCCUCCAACAGCAGGUGAAGGAGGGCCGGGUGGAGGUUCUGGUGUCUCAGGUCUGACACCCCAGCAGCAGCAACAGCAGCAGCAGCUAGCUCAGGAGUUGCUAAUCAUGGAGGCUAAUACAGAGGGGUUAUCCCAGGAGCAGUUGGAGCAUCGCCAGCGUUCGCUCCAGACUUUGCGAGACAUUCAACGUAUGCUUUUCCCUGAUGAUCGUGACGCGCCACCAGCAGGGCCCCCACAGACCCAUGGUGGACCCCAUGAUGGAGGCCCUGAUGGCGCACCUCGAAGGUCUGAGCAGGGCCCCCUGCAGGCUAUGAUAGCACAGUCUCAGAGCCUUGGACCACCAGGAGGGCCAGGAGGCCCUCGCCCUCAAGGUCCUCCUUUUGGCCCACCUCACGGACCAAGGGACAUGCCUCCAUUUCCACAAGAUGAAAUGGGCCCACACAUGGGAGGCCCAGGGGGCUGUGGGGAUGGUGAUCAGAUGACCCCAGAGCAGGUAGCUUGGUUGAAGUUGCAGCAGGAAUUUUAUGAAGAAAAGAGGAAAAAACAGGAACUGCAACAUCGACCACUUCCUCCUGACAUGAUGAUGCACCCCCAUGGUCCACGUGGCAUGAUGCGCGGGCCCCCUCCUCCCUACCAGAUGGGCCCAGGAGAGAUGUGGGUAGGACCAGGUGGUCCUCCAGAACACUAUCAGGAUCGCAUGGGCAUGGGACCUGGCCCCAGGGCUAUGCCUCCACAUAUGCAGAGGAUGCCUGGGUUCUCUGGCAUGAUGAAUCCUGAAAUGGAGGGACCACCAAGACCUGGAAUGGGAUGGCCUGAUGACAUGCCUCCGCGAAUGGGAGAUGCACGGGGUUUCCCUGGAGGACCUGGGGGGAUGUUUGCUGGUCCAGGAGGACGAGGUGAGCGCUUCCCAAAUCCCCAGUCAGUCCAAGAAGCAAUGUUUCACCAAGGCAUAGGUGGAGAGAAGGGCCUCCCUCCUGGGAUGGUGAUGGACAUGCAAAGGAUGAUAGGACAUCAAAGAGGUGGCAUGGAACCUGGAAAUGGCAUGGGUAUGUUUCCCAGAAUGCCCAGUGAGGGUCCUAUUAGUCCAUCAUCUCGGCUUCAAGGAAUGGGAGGCAGAGAAAUGGGCCCUGAAUUUGGUAUGGGGCCUGGCCCUGGGCCAGGACCCCAUAUGCACCCCUCCAAGCUACGUGAUCCCCCAAUGAAUAUGAGUCCUGAUGAGAUGAUGAGAAUGAGAGGAGGUGGUGGACCACCGAUGGACAGUAUGGGUCCACAGAGCAGGCCGAUGCAGGGACCUCCCUUCUCUGAGCAAACACAGCCAGGAGACUUUCCUAUGGGGCCUGGGAGGGCCUUCCCAGGGGGUCCUGGAGGAAUGAGGGGCCCACAUGGUGAACAGGCCUUUGGCCCAGAGCACAGAUCCACACCAACAGGUGGUAAUGGUCGUAUUAACCACCUCCCCUCUAAUGCCGGCCCUUCACAAGGACAGAGGGGCCGCAAGCCAGCAGAUCUGAAUGUUUCGGCAGGAGGCGGCAACUCUCCCAGUGUCAACCCGCUCAAGUCCCCUCCUUUGAGACAAGUACAGUCUCCCAUGAUGGGGUCCCCCUCUGGAAACCUGAAAUCCCCUCAGACCCCAUCCCAGCUGGCUGGAAUGCUCACUGGUCCCACAUGCCCAAGUGCCCCACCAGCACCUCCAACUUCAGCGCCAAUGAAGUCCCCCCACUCCAUGAUGGGUUCUGCAGGUGCUUCUCCUGUUCAUAUGAGGUCCCCUUCACUUCCUAACCCUUCUCCAGGAUGGGCCUCCUCACCAAAACCACCCAUGCAGAGUCCUGGAGUACCACCCCAGGGUGGCAAGCCCCCCCUCAGCAUCACCUCGCCAAACAUGAUGGUGAACAUGGAUCAAGGUGGUAAUGGUCCUCCUUCAGCACCUCCUUCAUCAGGGGCCCCAUCUGGCUCCAUGUCCCUCCCAGGCAACGUUCCAUCCGGCAGUCCGUACACCAUGCCCCCCGAGCCAACGCUAUCACAGAAUCCUCUCUCCAUCAUGAUGUCGCGCAUGUCUAAGUUUGCGAUGCCAAGCUCCACCCCACUGUACCACGAUGCCAUCAAGACUGUGGCCAGUUCUGAUGAUGACUCGCCUCCAGCUCGAUCCCCCAACCUGCCUUCCGUCAACAAUAAUGGUAUGGCCAUGAAUCACCAAGGCAAUCCGCGUAUGAUGGGACCUGGUAACGCUGGGCCAAUGCCUGCCCUCAGCCCUCUGGGUAUGAAUCCCAUGGGUUCGCAGCCCCUCUCUCAUGGCAUGCCUCCACAGAUGCCCUCUCCAAAUGCCCCCAAUAUGGGCCCAGGCAUGAUGCCACACAGCAUGAUGAUACCACCAAAUCCCCAAGACCCUGGUAUGGCAAAUCCCCAAAUGAUGCCACAGGGGCGCAUGGGUUAUCCUCAUCGAGGCCAAGGAUAUCCACUCACUCAGUCUCCGUCACAGCAAGGCGCUUUCUCGCCCCACAAUGGUCCUGGGCCUCAAGGAUUCCCUGGCCAUCCCAUGGGCUUCCAGGGAGAAGGAGGACCAAUGGGAGGACGAAUGGGGAACAUGCCUCAUGGGGGAGGGGGUGAUGGUGGUAUGUGCAAACCCAAUACCCCUGGUGGGCCAGAAUUCAACAACAUGCAAGCUGGAUUCAGUGAAGCAGACCUUCAUGAGGUGAUGCGGCCUGGAGCAUCUGGAAUUCCUGAGUUUGAUCUGUCUAGGAUAAUUCCAUCAGAGAAGCCAAGCCAGACUUUGUCUUAUUUCCCCCGAGGAGGAGGAGACAAUCCUGGGGGUAAACCUCCACAUCCUUCAGGCUUUCCCAUGCAGGGCAUGAUGGGUGAUGGACCACCAAGGAUGGCGAUGUCCAUGCAGGGAAUUGGGGGGAUGCCAGGGGGACCUGGUGGGGGAAUGGGCCCCCAAGACAUGCCAAUGGGCAACCCUGGUCAUAACUCACUGCGGCCGCCAGGAUUCAUGAGUCAAGGCAUGAUGGGCCCCCAGCACCGAAUGAUGUCACCUGGUGGGCCGGGAGGGAUGAUGCAGGGGAGACAAAUGGCACACCCAGGCCCUGGGGGUUCACCUAACAUGAUGAUGUCACUGCAGGGCAUGGGUGGCCCCCCACAGCAGACAAUGAUGAUGGGGGGUCAGAUGAGGCCACGUGACAUGGACAUGGGGUUCAGUCCAGGCCCCGGAAUGUUCUAAUUCAACAGAAACCUUGUAUGUAGAAUGUUCUUGACAAUACACA